CUAUGAACGACGAUGGGCUUCUUAGAUCUCCCUUUCAUGCUCAAGGCGUUCCGGUUUAGAAGACUUGUAGUUGAAGAUGGGAAGAGAAGGAAGAAGAAGAAACCAUUAUGGUUAACUCCGGUUUCUCAUGGAUACUAUACGGUUGACCGGUUAAGCUAUGCCGACAAUUCAUCGAAUGAUGAUUCGGUUUUUGUUCAGAGAGAGCAACAAAGUGAUGAGCUUGAGAUUUGGUUAUUUGGAGUCUCAAAUGCUGGAACAGGGAAAGAGAUUGUCAAAUAUAUGCAAAACCAUCUAUUUGAUAAGCUCCCCAAUGAGCUCGGGAUUAUGAGAAAGUGUAAAGAGACUAUGAGAAGAGCGUACGUUGAGGAAGAGAGAACCGGUGGCUCAGCCGCUUCGGUUAUGGUGGUGAACGGAGAGAAGCUAGCUAUAGCGAGUAUUGGGGACCAUAGAGUAGUGGUUUGCAAAGAUGGUGAGGCUCAUCAAAUCAGAGAUAGGAAAGCCUCAACAAAACAUUGGUCACAAUUUAUUUUCCCUGUUUGUAAUCAAGGAGAAGAAGAAGAUGAAUCAGAUCCAAGAAAUUCAGAGCUUGUAGUGAUUACAGAAAAGAUUAAUUCAGAUACAGAAUUUAUCAUUAUCGGUAGCCCCGGGAUUUGGGAGGUGAUGAAGAGUCAAGAAGCGAUUAACCUAAUAAGACACAUAGAGGAUCCUAAAGAAGCUGCAAAAUGUUUAGCUAAAGAAGCUUUAAACAGGAUUAGCAAAAGCAGCAUUUCUUGCGUUGUAAUUCGGUUUGGCUAAACCGGAUGUUUUGUAACAG